AUGGCCAUUACGCCGACCCAGUUUGCGAAGAAGACGGCGCAGUCGGCCAAUUGGUCUGAUGCCAAACGACGAGUGCUAUCCUCCUACCGAGAAUGGAUUCGAGCUGCCCCCGAAGUCCAAACCAUGUACAACAUGCCCAUGCCCGUCUCCGCCAUUCGAACCCGUAUGCGGCAAGAAUUCGAACGACAACGCUUUGUGAACAAGCUCUCUGUUGUGGAUGUUCUUCUCUUCAAGUCCCACGCCGAGUACCAGUGGGGUUUUAUGCUGACCUCGUGGACACAGGAGACAAUGAACUUCUGGAAGCAGACCAACCACAUCAUGGCCUACUUCAAGGAGGAGAACUUCCGAGGUGACAAGCGACUGCCAUCCAGCUUUAUGACUGGCUUCCUCGAGGGUCGCAACUAG